AUAAUUAUUUACUAUGAUUCAAGUAGCAAAAUUUCCCAAGUAUACUAGGGAUACUAUAUAAGCGCUUACAUUCAGAGUUCAAAUAUACAGAUAUAUCUUUGGAAUUUGAAGUACAGUUGCACUAUUCUUUGUUAUAACAAAAAUAUGGCAAUUAAACUCAAGUCUAUAUUGGUGCUGCAAAUUAUUUUUGUUGUAAUGUUAUUGCAACAAGUAUUAUGUUAUCCUGAACCAAAUCCGCACCACGAACAUAAACAUGUACACUGGCACGGCCAUGGACACCACGGACAUCAUUAUGGUCAUGGACACUACGAACAUUAUCAUGGCCAUGAACCCUAUCACUGGCACGGUCAUGGACACAAUCAUUGGCAUGGCUAUAAACAUGUGCAUCAUCAUGGACAUGGACAUUAUCAUGGAUAGGAAUAUGGUCCAUUUGAAAAAAAAACAUUUAUUUCUAUAGUUUUUUUUUAAAUUAUUGUCAAUACAUUCCUAUAAAAUUUUGUUAAAAUCUUUGUAUUAUUAACUGUAUAUUAAUUUUUUUCAAUUUAAAAUGAUAAAUAAAAGAAAAUUUAGAACCGUA